CCUUCGACGAUGAAUUCCUCGUCGUCGUCAUCGUCAGCUUCCUACGGCCGUCGCCGAAGGUUACCGUUGCACUACUCUUCCAGCAAACGAGGGUCGCCUUCCCCUUCCAGAACCACGUCUCCCACUGGACGCUCUGCUUCUCCCCUCUCCUUGUCCGGUUACACAUCUCCUUUGGCAUCCUCUCCUCCGUCCUCCUUCUACAAACAUCGUGCUCAGUCUCAGUCUUAUGCCAACAGUAGCUUCACCAACAGCUUUACCAACAGCUUUACCAGCAGCCACAACUCUAGUUCACGUCAACUCCAGCUCGAUGAGAGACGACGGCAACGCGUGCUGCACAGUCAUCCUCUCGAUCAGUCCGAGUCGGAAUCGUAUCAUGAAGAUCCUCUCCAUCAAGAUGUGAGUGGCAACAGCACCAUGUCCCGUCGCUUCUUCUUGACGCCUCCAGAACGACUCCAAGUAGACCAAUCGGUCAACUUGAUGGACGUGGAAACGGGGCACUACGAGUUUGACAACACUCCUCCUCAAGCCAAUACUAGUAGAAUGCACUAUGGCGAACUGCCGUCCAAGAGGAAGAACAACAAGCACAUGAGCUCCUGGCUAUCUUCCCUACUGUUUGGUGACAGCAACCACAAUGACAAAUCCAACGAGGCACUGGAGGCCGUCUCCUCUCAUAGCCACAAUCCCAGAGCGUCCUUUACGUCCGCCACCUCAAAACAAGACGAUCCAAUAGAGAUGUUUCAGGAUGAACAAGUCAUCUUUCAGGAUGAAGAAGUGGGACUCUCACCACCACAAUCAAGACGUAGCAGUACUCGAAAGAGAUCCAGCAAAAAGAAGAAAAAGAAAAAGACAAAGACCAAACAAGCUUCCAAUGCUGACAAGUCCAACUCGGAUGGUGAUCCCAAAAAGGAUGCUUCUGCCCUCAACUUUCCCAACAGCUUCAAUCCCAAUGACUGGGAACAACGAGCCCAGUCGUCCAAAGAAUCACAACUCCAGGAUGGAGACGACACCGUCGUCGUGGCGCAUCGUAGUAGUCAAAAAGGCAAGAAGCCCAAGAAGAAGAAAAAGAGCAAGCGUCUCCGAAGCAAACUCAAGAAACUCAAGCCGUCCCGCAUGGUGCUUGCCUUUCUGGGACUUACCCUCCUCUUGACAUUGAUCCUUGGCACCUUCCUCAUCAUUCUCGUUGCCACGGAUACCAUUUGGGUCUUUCAAUCUCAUCAUCAAGACCAUACUACUGAUGCCCAUCCUAUUCCUGUUGUACUACAAGAACGCAAUCAUUCCUUUCUCGAAUUGGAAGAACUCCCCGCAUCCACACAAUUCUUACUCACGGGCACUGGUCACGAGACACCCCAACAUGAAGCACUCCAAUGGAUUACCGCCGAUCCACACGUGACGCUUGUUGGCAUUGGCCACAACUCCAACACGACGUACUCCCCACUCGAGACACUGUCGGCACGACAACGCUUUGCCCUGGCCACACUCUACUACUCUCACCACUCGCACUCGCAGUUAUCAGAAUGGCAACCACCUCAUCCCGAACGCACCCAUUGGCUCGAUUAUUCCGUCAACGAAUGCGAUUGGUUUGGCAUUCUGCCACAAUAUCAUGGCAACUACAGUGUCUGCAAUCGCUAUCAUCAAUUGCAUUCUCUCUUGUUGCGCCACUAUCAAUUUCAAGGACGAUUGCCCGUGGAAGAAUUGGGCUUAUUGUCGAAUCUCAAACGCGUCGAAUUGGGAUUCAAUCAAAUCCAGGGCAUCCUCCCACCGACACUUCUUGCAUCGUGGAAGAAUUUGGAAUAUCUGGGCAUGGAACACAAUCAAAUGACGGGACAGUUGCCCACAACACUCGGGCUGUUAACCAAUUCCAAUGGAUUGCAUGGCAUUCAACUCUCGUACAAUCAAUUCUCGGGGACGCUCCCCAGUGAAAUUGGAUUGCUCGUGCCACAUUUGCGACUGUUCAAUGUGAUGCACAAUCAAUUGAGUGGGAGUAUCCCGACCACGUUGGGGGGAUUUGUAUCAUUGGACGAGACGAGUGAUGGAUACGGAACGGAAUAUGCCGCCCUCCAAGAACUCUCGUUGAAUGGCAACUUUUUCAGUGGCAAGAUCCCGUCCGAAUUGGGACGAUUGACUCAACUGACCAAGUUGGGAUUGCACCACAAUUUGGAACUGGACCAUCAAAUCUUGCCCAAGGAAAUUUGCCAGUUGCCCUUGUUGGAAAGCAUUACGGUGGAUUGCGAUAUUGUCAAGUGUCCCACGUCGGUGGCGUGUCCGUGCCAGUGCAUGGCCAAUUGGUCCAAUGGACGACAUCCCGUCAGUCAUACCACCGUCUUUACGUUGAAUCGUGAUGGAACGACGAGUUCCUCCAAUGCACAAGAAGAGGAUGAACAACAACCACUUCAUGGUGACUCGGGGGCCGUGGCGCAUCACACCAGCACGGCAGCAACGACCAAGACGGCGCAUGGUGGUGCCGCCGUCCAAAAGAGAGAUGAACAGAAUGUGUUUGACCAAGAACACAAUCCGUAUGUGCAGGAACUGCAACCGAGGACGUUUAGCCUCAACGUGGACAAGAGGAAGAAGAAGCAAGAGAAUGUAUUCCACAACAACGGCAAUGAGAAUCGCCGAGGACUGUUGCGAGCGUCCAUUGCAUCUUAGUUUAAUAAAAAGCAGACAGCCUCACGGCCUUCUUGUGAGAGCAAGCACAAAACCCGAUAGAACUACGCUACUAGACUAGUAAACAGCACUAGUCUACUCAUAAUAAUAACAGAAUGGGAAAUACAGAGAGCUAGCUUGCGACAUCAACUAGCUGGCAUGACUGUUGAUAUGAUGCGAGGUUCCAUGGUAAGGAUCGAGCAAGCAUGAACCAGUCGUCGAAUUCCUCUCCCCCCAGCACCCUUUCUUGCCAAGCAAAACUUUAGCUAGCGACGGAGGCAAUCUAUCCGAGACAAACGUUUUUGAAGAAGACGCAGCUAUAAUAACGAUGAUUUCAGUUUCGGCGUCGUGACCACGGCGAUACAGCCGUAGAUCAGAGGGCACCAAUCGGUUGGUUGCUUUGUUAGUUUGGAGUGUUGCUUGCUUUCGAAUGGAAUGAAACCUGUCAACUAGCGAUAGCUACUAGUUUGUCAGGCCAUGUGUGGCUGGGCUGGUUGUUUGCCGCGAUUCUACUGAUACAGUACUAGCCUAAUAGCCAGCGGAAUGAUGCUGUGGAUCCCAGUGAAUAAAAAUAAAAGUUGGGUGCACGAGGAGCGACGACCAC